AUGGCCAUACAAGAUUACGACUCCGAAGUCCUACAUCGUCGAGGGCAGGACAAUGGUAAUGCCGACGCUCUAUCAAGGCUCUCUGUUGCCACGCUCAGUGUCGAGCGAGCUCGUCAAGAGCAGCGCCAUGACCCGGUCUGCCGAAAUCUUCUACGAAGUCCGCCAGAGGGAUACACAGUUCGGGACCAGCUCCUCUACCGUGAAGGCCGCCUUUACAUACCCGCGGUACUUGUGACGGACACCAUCAAGCUAUGUCACGAGGACGGCAUGUCCGGUCAUCCGGGAGUUUGGAAAACGGGCAGACGGCUAAAUGAGCGAUUCGACGUGGGAAAAGGGGGUUUGGCCAAGGUCCGGAAUCAUGUCAAAAGCUGUGACAUCUGCCAGCAUCAGAAGGCAGGACCGGUGAAGGUGGGAACCCUCCAGCCCAUCGCGCCUCCCACUCGGCCUUCCGAGGAGGUCGGCUCGGAUUUCGCAGAACCUUUCAAUCUGCCGGGAGAACGGGCGUGGUAUGUCCUGGUGGUCGUCGACUAUUGCACGCGAUACAUUCACCUGUUCGCGACCCGCCGGAUCUCGGCAAGAUUCGUGGUGCGUUCCCUGUCUGCGCUGACAGCGGUGACUGGAAGAAUCGGCUCCGUGGUGACGGACAACGCGACCUGUUUCAGGGGGAUCAUCUACGCAAAUUACCUCCAGACGGCGGGAACGGUGCACAUAAGGGCAGCCCUCGGCCAUCCCCAGUGCAAUGGAUUGGUGUGA